CUUCUGAAUGUGAAGCAACAGCUCCAUCUCAGACUGAACCACCUUCUCCUAAAGCUUUACACCUUGCAUUGCCAAAGCCCCUUGCUCCUUUCUUCUUCCCACACACUCGCUCGCGACCAGCAACCGCCCCCACUAUGCCCACACUGCCUGAAGAAGAGGAAGAUUCUCCUGAAGAGAUUGACAGCUCUUCCUCUGAAGCUAUGUCAGAUACCAAGGUAGUGAGUGUGACUUUGGCACCCCCUGCAAUUGUCCUGUCUAGACAAGUCUGCCAACAGGAAUUGGAACCACUGGAGAAAGCCAGACCACACAGCCCCAGACCCCGGCUUUCAAGAAACACCAGCUCUGGCCCUAUUACCACAGUAGACGAUCAUGGUCAUGUGAUAGACCUCGUGAAGGACAAGCUUCCAGAACUGCAGCUGUCGGAGAAGGACCGGCAGAAGAACCUGGAGCUGCUCGAGGAGGCCAAGAAAGUGAGCGAUCGCUUCCUGAGUCGUAGGGGCCGUCGUUCCACCAGUAGCCUAACUGAUUCUCCGACAGCUGUAUUUGCAGAAGUCACAACAAGCCCAAGUUCAUCCACAAGUCAGCGUCUGGAGGUACCUGCUGUGCGAGACCAUGGAGAAGCAAAUAAGUCCAACCAGGAGAGUCUAAAGAAGCUGGUAGAAUGGAAGCCUCCUGAGAAACGUAAGGUGUCCUCUGGCACUCUGACCCCUCGCCAUGCCACCUCUGACCAAGCUCAAGUGCCCGCUAUGCCACAGAAGGAGAGUGUAGAGCCCUCAUACACUACUGACAAGGUUAAAAAGCUUUCUCCGACAUCUCCGAAACCUGAAAGCCAGACUCCAGCCACUGGAGUGGCCAAGCCGGUGCCACGUCCACCCACACAGCAAGCACCAUGCACGGCUGAGAUCAAGACCAUUGGGGCCUUCCCACCCCUCAUGAGGGCUGUCUCGUGGGACACAGUAGGUUCACUAAAUAUGAGGACUGGAGGGCCCAGAGGUGAUGAUGGUGGCCUUUCCUUCUCGGACACCGUGAUUUCUCCUGGAAACCAGAAAUUGUCAAAAAUGCGAGAGGAACAUAAGUUGUUGAGAAACCAGAGCAUCUCUGGGCCAAAGCUACCAGACCUGAGUGAGACGGCAGAACAGGAUCGAGAUAUCUCGUCUCCUCUAACUGCAAUGGAUGAUGAGGCGAAAGAGAAAGCAGAUGCCAUGCCCAACAUAUCAGACAUCAUGCUGCGCAAGCUCAAACUACACAGAGGCUUACCAGGCUGUGCACCUCCACUUACAGAAAAAGAGGUCGAGAAUGCUUUUGUACAGCUGUCUCUGGCAUUCCGGAAUGACAACUACACGCUGGAGACGCGACUGAAGCAGGCAGAGAGGGAGCGCAACCUUACUGAGGAAAACACAGAGAAGGAACUGGAUGAGUUUAAAAACUCACUGAAGCAGAGCACGGCAUCACUGUGGCAGAAUGCCGAGCAGAGGGAGUCCUACCAGUCCCUCAUCGAGACAGUGGCAGUGUUGCAUCGCCUUGCGAACCGACUUUCAGGCCGGGCGGAAAUGGUGGGAGCAGUGCGCCAAGAGAAACGGAUGAGCAAGGCUACUGAGGUGAUGUUGCAGUAUGUGGAGAACCUGAAGAGGACCUAUGAGAAGGACCAUGCAGAGCUUAUGGAGUUCAAAAAACUGGCCAACCUGAAUUCUAACCGCUGCUAUGGUAGCUCAGCAGAAACUGGAGAUGAAGGUGUUCCACGUACGGGUAGAUCCAUGUCUUUGACGAUGGGAAAGGCUUUACCUAGAAGGAGAGUCAGUGUGGCUGUAGUUCCAAAGUUUAAUCUUCUGAACAUCCCUGGUCAGACUCCAGCCACAGCAGGUCCGGUUCCUUUCCCUGGCAUUGCUGCAGGUCUCAGUGCACUUCCUGUAGUAUGUGAGGCAAAUGUGAAGACUGACUGCGCUUCAGAUGCAUCACAGCCAACUGGAGGGGAAAAUGGAAAAGUUCUUGCGGAGCAGGAAGGUGAAAUAACAACCCCUACCAAAACUUCCUGUAAUCUGGAGGAGAUCAGAGCCGAGAUGAAGACCAAGAUUGAGGAGGAGGCUUACAAUAAAGGGUAUCAGGAAGGACUGAAAAGACUUAAAGAGCUUCAGGAACUCAAGGAGGAAGAAGAGAAGACUGAAGAAAAUCAGACAGAUUCAGACAAGAUUCAAGAAGAAGAGUACGAAAAUGAAAAGAAGACAAACAGUUGGUGUGAAAAAGCGACAGAAGUCCUGGAUCGGAUAUGUCCAAAGGUGUUUAGGAGAAACCGGACGCUAUGGAUCAUUGUCUCUUUGUUUUUUGCGUUGUUCUUUUUGCUCAAUCUGAUAAACUUCUUCAGCAACCUCUACAGUGAUACACCUGUACACACUGACACAUCGACAGAGAAAUCUAGCGUCCCGGGCAAGAAGAAGUUUUUCGGACUGCACGUAGGACCGAAGCGUCCCAGUCCAGAUUAAAACAAAGCACACGGAUGUAUACAGUAUGUGUAAAGACAAUCCAAGGAGUCGACUUGAACUUUAGAAUUUGCUUGUGGUGAACAUAAUGUAUUCACAUUUAAUUUAUAUGCUUUAGAAAAAAGUUUAUACUAUGAAGAGUAAUAUUGCAUAAUCAUCUAUGGUUAUUUAAAAUAUCCAGUUGUCCUUGUGAAAUUAUAUAUUGAUAUACUAGACUGUUACAUUUUACAUAAAGGUAAUAGAGAUCUUUUUAUGGCUGAUGUUACAUUUGAAGAUAGUUGAACUUAACAUUUGCAUACAUUUGUAGAGGAUGUGUAUUUAGGGCAUUUCUGGCCUUAUUUUCAGUUAAUGAUUAGCUAUAGCUGGUGAUUUUUCUAUACCCUUAUAAAUGGGGCAUUAAAGUACAUUAAACAGAGCUCUUUUGCUAAGGUCAGGAAGAAAACCCAAUCGAUCACCUUAGAUGGUAAGAAAAUGAACCAGAUCCUGUAGAAAGAAGAAACAAUCUAGAAAGAAGCACCUGUUUUACUUUUGUCCAUAUACUUUGUCAUAUCUUCAGUCAAGCCCCUGUGUAAUUCCUACCUGAUUGUGGACAGAGUAAGUCAAGUGCCAGCAAUGUGUUCUAUCUUUAGGCAGGCCGUGUUUUUGGUGGAUAUUUGCAAAAGAAGCUACGCUUAUUUAUAUGGGCCAAGAGAGUCACCAGCUGUAGUCCAUCACAAUUGCUGAAAGAGUAAUUCAUUAAGAAAGUCCAUGCCCAGGUGGCACAGCGAGAAAUUCUGCUAGCACACCAGCGCCGAAAUUCUGAAGCGGGCAUAAUUGACAGUUCCUGCAAGGAGGGAUGACCAGACUAUGUGGGCGUGGUCUUCAAGCGCUGUGUAAGGACCCUGAUUGGUGGAUAGAGGCACCUGUGCAGAGUGCAUGUGCAUGGGUCAGAGGAGGCGUGAGCAGCAAUAUACCCUCCUAAACUGCAAACAAUUGGGGAUCCCCAGCAGCGGAAAACGAUAUUGACUACACUCGAUGCAUAAAAAAGUCCAUGCCCCUAUGUAAAAUUACAUUUCUACACAACCAAAUUCAUAAUACAAAGUAACAUGAAUAAUUCUAACCCAAUUAAAUUUUUAGAAAACCCACAAUCAACAGAAAUCAUCCAAAUGGUAUUACAUGCCCCUUAUAAGUGUAUGACAAUGUCUAUCUUUAGCUGUAUACAAAACCCCACUACUCAACUCUUAUGAUUUUACUUCUCAGGUUUUUUGAGAAGCAUAAGAAAUGAAGUACACUCUUUAAGUCUUAAUCUUUGUUUUGUUUUUGUGUUUUUACAUUCUCUGUUUAGACUUUAUAGGUUUUACAUUCCAAGGUAGCGCCAUACAUGCAAUAUUUUAGGACACAUGACUGAUUUUGUAUUUCUGAGGUCGAAAGAAAAUUGAUUGAUUGAUUUUGACGUUUUGGAUCCUCUUUGAGCACAUUAAUGUAAAUGUUAGAAAGCACCUUUUCUCUUCACAAGACGUUUCUUCAUUUCUUAAGAUGUUUGCACAUGUGUGUUAAUGGUUGUCCCACUUCACCUUUUAAUAAAGGUGCCUAAAAGCAGCAGUUUCAUCCUGUAUAAUGAAAUGCAGUGUGGUACAUGCCUUAAUUAUUUUUUACAUCUGUUGUGUGGAAAUUAGGAAAUGAGCAUUCGAGGAGUACAUGAGUGAAGUGUGUUCCUCUGUGUGUUGUGUCCACUACUGGCUGGUCAAUGUGCAAAGUUAUGGAGACAGCAAUCUUGGACAACUUAUUUUUUGGGCAAUAUGAUAAUGUAUGUAAAAUCAAAUAACACAAAGGCUUAUGACUGUAAUUGGCAUUAUGGAAAUCUUCUCAACAUUUCUUUCCCAAACCAGUAAAUAUAUAUAUAUAUUUUUAA